AUGAAGAGCGACCUCAAGGCGGGCCUCAGCGCGACCGCGGCGGCCGACAAGCUCGCGGAGGACGGUCUGAACGUGCUCGAGUCGCCGCCGAAGGUGACCUUCCUCAUGCUCUUCCUCAUCCAGCUCACGCAGUUCAUCAUCGCGCUCCUCCUCGGGGCCUGCGUCGUCUCCGCGGCCAUCAACGCGACGAACAAGGACCGCCGCGGCAACCCGCUCGCGUACGUCGACUCCAUCGCCAUCUUCAUCAUCGUCAUGCUCAACGCCGUCAUCGCCGCUUCCACGGAGGCGUCGGCGAACGGCGCCCUCGACGCGCUGAGCGCGCUGUCGUCGCCCAUCUCGACGGUCGUCCGCGGCGGCGCGGAGGUCGAGGUCGACUCGAGCCACAUCGUCAUCGGCGACAUCGUCGUCCUCGGCACGGGCGACGUCGUCCCCGCGGACUGCCGCGUGCUCAGCGCCGCGGACCUCAAGGUCAACGAGAUGCUGCUCACGGGCGAGUCCGAGGACGUGUCGAAGACCGACAAGGUGAAGAAGAAGGCGCCGGGCGCCGCGGAGAAGCUCACGGCGGACACGAUGAUCUUCUCGUCGUGCACGGUCAAGGCGGGCAACUGCAAGGCCAUGGUCGUGCGCACGGGCAUGCGCACGCGCGUCGGCCAGAUCGCGGCGCUGCUCGCGGGCGACGGCGCGAAGCAGGAGGGCUGCCUGCCGGACACGUCGGCGAACCAGACGCCGCUCCAGGUGAGCCUGGGCAAGCUCUCCGUGCAGAUCGGCGUGCUGGCCAUCGGCUGCUGCCUCCUCGUCUUCGUCAUGGGCCUCGCGCUCGGCGUGAAGGACCCGACGGGCGCGUCGCCGGGCUGGCUCUACAUGAUCCUGAUUUCCGUGACGCUGACCGUGGCGGCGAUCCCCGAGGGCCUGCCGCUGACGGUGACCAUCUCCCUGUCGACGGGCUGCUCCGAGAUGGUCAAGGAGAACGUGCUCAUGCGGAAGAUCGCGGCCGUCGAGACGCUCGGCUCCGCGUCCGUCAUCUGCACGGACAAGACGGGCACGCUGACCGAGGGCAAGAUGCGCUGCGUGAAGAUGUUCGUCGCGUCGACGGACUACGACGUCACGGGCAAGGGCUUCGACCCGACCGUGGGCUCCGUCGGCGCGGCCGGCGCGGCCGUCGCGGCCGACAUGUCGUUCGACGGCGCCGACGACCGCAAGGACGACCCCAAGGUCAAGCUGCUCCUGACGUCCGCGCUCUGCUGCUCGUCGACGACGUUGACGAAGGAGAGCGAGGGCGGCGAGGAGAAGUGGACGCCCAAGGGCAACUCGUCCGAGGCGCCCAUCGUCGUCUGCGCGGCCAAGUGCGGCCUCUGGGCCAAGGACCUCGAGCCCAAGUUCCCCCUCGUCACGGAGAUCCCCUUCUCGUCGAGCCGCAAGAUGAUGAUCAAGGUCACGAAGAACGAGUGCGGCGAGCUCGCGGGCGUCGAGAAGGCCGGCGCGCCGAACUACAUCCUCAAGGGCUGCGACAAGAUCCUGCGGCCCGACGGCUCCGUGACGCCCGUCACGGAGGAGGACAAGGACGCGCUCCUCGCCAAGGUCGACGAGCUCUCGUCGAUGGCGCUCCGCGUGCUCGCGAUCGCGCUCAAGCCUUUGGAGUCGCUGCCCUACGACCAGGACGCGGAGAUCGAGGACAAGUUCGCCGCCAUCGUCAAGAACAUCACCUUCGUCGGGCUCGUCGCGUCCAUCGACCCGGAGCGCGCGGGCGUCAAGGCCGCGAUCGAGGUCGCGGCGAACGCGUCCAUCCGCACGGUCAUGAUCACGGGCGACUACCUCAAGACGGCGGCGGCCAUCGCGAAGAACAUCGCCAUCCUGCCCGAGGACGGCUCGCUCGACAAGACGGGCGCGGUCGACUGCAACGACCUCCGGCCCGGCGACGACUACCUGUCGAACCCGGACAUGGACGCGCUCACGGCGCGCGUCAACGUCUUCGCGCGCGCCAAGCCCGAGGACAAGCUCGAGAUCGUCAAGUCGCUCCAGCGCCAGGGCCUCGUGUCGGCGAUGACGGGCGACGGCGUCAACGACGCGCCCGCGCUCAAGGAGGCGGACAUCGGCGUGUCCAUGGGCCUCGAGGGCACGGAGGUCGCCAAGGGCGCGUCGGACAUGAUCCUCACGGACGACAACUUCUGCUCCAUCGUCAAGGCCGUCGAGAAGGGCCGCGGCAUCUACUCGGGCAUCCAGAAGUUCGUGUCCUUCAUCAUGUCCGUCCACUUCGCCGAGGUCGUCCAGAUCUUCCUCUGCGUCGUGUCGGGCCUGCCGAUCAUGCGCGUGCCGCUCCAGAUCCUCUUCCUCGUGCUCGUGACGGACCUGCCGCCGGCGAUCGCGCUCGGCGUCGAGCCGGGCGAGCCGGGCAUCAUGAACAAGACGCCGCGGCCGAAGACGCAGCCCGUCGUCAUGCCCUGGAUGUGGCGGUGCAUCGUCGCCAACGGCCUCAUCAUGACCGCGGGCAUCACCGCGACGUACCUCUUCGCGAUCCGCAAGGCGCGGACCGUCGCGUUCAUCGCCUUGGUCUGGGCCGAGAAUUUGCGCGCGUACUCCGCGCGGUCCUUCACGAAGCCCAUCUGGAACAACAUGUUCUCGAACCCGACGAUGAACAAGGCCGUCUUCCUCGGCCAGAUCUGCCUCUACUGCGGCCUCUUCCUCCCGGGCCUGAGCAGCGGCGUCCUCGACCUCCACCCGCUGCCCCGCGCGGGCCACGACGGCAUCCAGGCCUACGGCUGGGGCAUCGCCGUCUGCGGCGCCCUCUCCUGCCUCCUCGGCUGCGAGCUCUACAAGUUCGCCAUGUCGUUCAACCCGCCCAACGUCUAG